AUGAUUCCAUUAUGGCCGGCAUUUUUAUUCUCCAUGCUUCUGAUGAUUUACGUUCGGCAAGUUUUGACGCUCGCCGAUCCCUCAUCGGAAUUAAUUACUGUCGUAGCGGUAUUUAGACACGGCGAUAGGGCUCCUUUGCGAUCGUGGCCCAACGACAUAUAUUUCGACGAUAAAUAUUGGCCUAACGGAUUAACUCAAUUGACAGAGAAAGGCAAAAUCAGGGCGCACUCGUUGGGAAAAUGGUUCCGAAAGUACUACCGGAACUUCACCAGCGACAUCUAUUCCCCGAAGGACAUUUACAUGUACUCCACCGACGUUGAUCGAUGCUUGAUGUCCGCGCAAUCCUUCCUGUUAGGCCUCUACCCACCCAAAGGCUACCAAGUAUGGAACGAAGCCAUACCAUGGCAACCCAUUCCAGUGCACACGGCCCAAAGGCACAAGGACGACGUCGUCCUGGACAAAAGGCCUUGUCCCAAGCACAAGAAACUGUACCAGCAAGCCAAACGGGCGGUUUACAAGAACCUCGAGGAGAAAUACAAAGUUAUAUACGAUACGCUUAAAGAAUACACCGGUUGGGCAAAUAUCACGCCCGAAUUAGUCGAGGAUUUCGUCAAUCAAAUUUACGUGUACGAUAAUUACAAUAAAACUUUCAUACCCGAUUGGGCCAAGAAGGUCUACUGUCAUCCCGACGUCAAGUACUUGGCUUAUUUGGCGUUGCAAACGUCGACGUCGACGAAAACGUUGGCCCGUUUGAAAAUCGGCCCGUUUUUCCACAAGAUAAUCUGCCAUUUCGAGAACUUUACCUGCGGCGCUCCCAACGCAGAAACCGGCCCGAAAUUCUACGCGUUCUCCUGCCACGAUUCCUGUCUCAUACACUUGAUGAACGCCAUGGGAGUGUACGAUUCCCGUCAAAUCGGCUUUUCGGAUUCGCUGAUAUUCGAGUUGAGAAAGUCGAGAGACGGGAAUUUUUACGUAAACUUGGUGUACAGACGGCAUGAUGGCAAACAAGAGUGGGUGGAAGAUUUGACGAUGAACGAAUGCGGUUUCGAUUGCGAUUACAUCAAAUUUAAGGAUUUAAUGAGCGAAAUAACGGUGCACAUUGACGAAAGGGAGAAGGAAUGCCGCGAAAUCGUAUCAUAA